AUGCCCUCUCGGGAUCAGCUGGUGCAGCAGGUGUUGCGGGAUCUGCAGGAGGCAGUGGAGUCCGAGGGCCUGGAAGGUCUCAUCAGUGCCGCCCUGGAGGCCAAACAGGUCUUAUCUUCCUUCACCCUCCCGGUCUGUCAGAAGGGUGGCCUUGGGCCCCAGGUGCUGGAGGUGGACUCUGUGGCCAUGAGCCUGUAUCCAGAGGAUGCUCCGCAGAACAUGCUGCCCCUGGUGUGCAAGGGGGAGGGGAGCCUGUUGUUCGAAGCAGCCAGCAUGUUGUUGUGGGGGCACACGGGCCUCAGCCUGGAGCUGCGGGCCCGCACCGUGGUGGAGAUGCUGCUGCACCGGCACUAUUACCUCCAGGGCAUGAUCGACUCCAAGGUGAUGCUGCAGGCUGUGCGCUACUCCCUGUGCUCCGAGGAGUCCCCUGAGAUGACCAACCUGUCCUCUGCCACACUGGAAGCCAUCUUUGAUGCCGAUGUCAAGGCUACGUGCUUCCCCACCAGCUUCUCCAACGUGUGGCACCUGUAUGCCCUCGCGUCCAUCCUUCAGCGCAAUAUCUACUCCAUCUACCCCAUGCGCAAUGUCAAGAUCCGACCCUAUUUUAACCGCGUUAUCAGGCCACGCCCCUGCACCCAGGUGACCUCCAUGUUGCACAUCAUGUGGGCUGGCCAGCCCCUCACUAACCACCUCUUCCGGCAUCAGUAUUUUGCCCCCGUGGUUGGGCUGGAAGAGGUGGAGGCUGACGGUGCCGCUACCUUGGACCCCACUCCUCCGAUCCUAGGUCCUCUGCUACCACCAGCCAAAACCCUGGAACUGCUCAACCAUGAACCUGGCCUUAGUUACUCCCACCUCUGUGACCGCUCCAGCAUCACGAAGAGCACCUUCUACCGCUGGCGGCGGCAGACCCAGGAGCACCGGCAGAAGGUGGCCACCCGCUUCUCUGCCAAGCACUUCCUGCAGGACAGCUUCUACCGUGGGGGCCUUGUGCCAUUGCAGCAGUUCCUGCAGAGAUUCCCUGAGAUCUCCCGUUCUACCUACUAUGCCUGGAAGCACGAGCUGCUGGGCUCUGGUGCCUAUUCAGCUCUGGUCCCGGCUGCUCCACCCAAGGAGGCCCUGGCUGUGCCAGAGCUGGAGAGUCUGCCAGGGAAGAAGGCUGCCGAGGGGCUGGGGUGCUCCCCAGCGGCAGCGGCUAUGUCAAGCCCUAGCAUGGUCUUAAUGCAGCGCGCCAAGUCGUACCUGGAACAUUGCAUCUCUCUGAACAAACUGGUACCCUAUCGCUGCUUCAAAUGCAGGUUCCCUGGCAUCUCGAGGUCCACCUACUAUAACUGGAGGCGGAAGGCCCUCAGGAGGAGCCCCAGUUUCAAGCUGGCUCCAGUUCUUGAAACCACUGAGUCUCUACCCCCAAUAGAUGUUGGGGACGGGGCCCUGCUCUCUUCCAAGGGUGAGGUGAGAGAAGAGGGGACCGGGAAAGCAGCAGCUGGAGGCCCUCCAACUUCCCAGCGGCUCCUACCCACAAGGAUGCCCCUGUCUCGUUGGCAGAGGCGACUACGCAGGGCUGCCCGCAAGCAGGUACUCAGUGGGCACCUGCCUUUCUGUCGCUUCCGCCUCCGCUACCCUAGCCUGCUACCCUCCACUUUUUGGGUAUGGAAAAGUCUUUCCCGGGGAUUGCCCAGGAUGCAGGCCUCCUCUUUGGGCCGAAGGAGGCAGAAGCCAAAAUAUCGGCAGAAGCCAGAUGAAUGGCAGAUGGAAGCUGUUGAGAAUGUAACAUCUGUGAUUGGUCAUCAGGUGGAGACACUGCCAGUGGUCGCUUCUUCAGAAACCUCCCCAGAAGAUGCCCAGAGAGGGCCUUCUAGAGAGGGGGUCAUCCAGGAGACAGCUAUGACCCAGGGCCAACCCCACAGUGGGUCCCUGUCAGGCCAGACUGUGGCGGCGGCGGCGGCGGCAGCAGCAGGUGGCAGGGAUGGCCAGGUGCUAGUGAUGGACAUGCUGAGCACCACAAGGUUCAAGGCCCAAGCCAAGCUGUUCCUGCAGAGACGCUUCCAGUCCAAGACUUUCCCCUCCUACAAGGAGUUCCAAGCUCGCUUCCCCCUCACUGCCCGCUCCACUUACUAUAUGUGGAAGCGGGCACUCUUUGAAGGCCUCACGCUUGUUGAUGGCUGACAGAGAGGUGACACAGAGCCUGAGAAGGGGAGACUUAAGGUGUCUCCUGGCUUGGCCUGGAUGCCCUUCGCUCUGUCUUCCAUUAUUUCCUGGCUUGGGUGGGGAGGAGGAAAUCGACCACCUAUUCUAAUGAAAGCUACAGGAGUAUCAAUUGACUCUUGGUUGUUGGCUGGUCAUAUAUUUUUAUUGCGUUUAGUUUUUUUUUUCCCAUUAAGGUGGGUUGGGCAGGACCCCCUUGCUGGUGGUUGUGCCACGGCUGCCUGUAGCUCUUCCUGGUCCCACAAAGAGUAUCACAGCAUGGCCAUUCUCUCCGAUGAGGCACAAUAUGUCUUUAUUUUUUUUUUUUUUUUUUAGGGUGUGGUCCCUUUUUCUCAAAGAUGUCUUCCAAAGAAACAAGGGAUUUGAACGUGAGGCUGGUGUGUGGCUUUGUCUCAUGCCGCCGGUGGAAAAGGUGCCAGGCUCUUCAUGAUCAUCAGCUGGACUUCAUAGAAUAAAACCACGGUGGCCUCUAAGCCAGGGAAGGCCCCUAGGCACUGGAAACCCUAGA